AUGAGGAUUCAGAUAGCUCAAGCUGUGAGGGCGUCGCUCAGUGGCAGAUUUGGGCUUCGCAUGGAGGGCCUGAUUCUAGCCCAAGAUGAAAUACAGAGGCAUGCAGUGGCUGUCCAGCACGCGCCCCAGAUAUUUUCAGACACGUACAACACGCAGCAAGAUUUUUCGUGGGCCAUGUUUGGGUUCAACACGCUGGCCAGGUCCUUCUAUGAGGGCGGCAUCAAGACCGUGGACUCCCAGAUGAAGAUUUGCCAGUUUUUGGACCCUUCAGAAUCUGGCAUUGUGGAGCAAGCCCGGGACUUGCUUGCGAAGCUGCCUGCGCGCCAUGCUAUCCCAAAUCGCUUUGUGGUUUUGUCUGCGAUUGUGCGCGAGCUGCUUGAGCAGUUUACGGACGUCACCGUGCAAACUGAAGGAUCCCUUUGCAAUGUGAUUCUCUUCCCCUACCAGAUGAACGGUGCUGCCAGGGGCUACACGCUGCUCGAACCGGCUCAGUCCGUGGUGUGGGCUGGCUGGGCUUUGCCAACGGGGCGCGAUGGUGCGAUCAUGCCCUUGGCUUUGUAUGCCCAGGAUGUGUUGAAAAUGGCAGCAUCGUUUCUGGAACUUGCUGGGUUGGGGCAGCCCCGAGCUGCCGUUCGCAGGUUGGAUGCCAUUGCAGGUGUAAGACCUGUCCAGUCAUUGGAGGAGCGGAACAGAUCGAUCCUGGAGGCAAGCUUCUUUCCAGGUGCCUUUGAAGAGAAGCGAGAAGCUCAUGCUGCUUCGGGCACACGGUAUGCCAUCACCACCAACCAGUUCUUGCGCAACGUUGACUUCGCAUUGGUGGAGAAGCUGGAUGUAGGCUUCGGACAGUUUCUGGAUUUCGCAGAAGAACCUGGCCCAUCUGCACAAUCCUUUUGGGUCAGCGCAGAGGGGUUUUUCUACGUCUUGUCCUUCAAGCCGGUGGCAGUCUCGCAGAAAUCAUUUGUCACGCCAAUCUGGAUGCUGCAGGCAACUUGGGCUGGUUUUUUGAAUAAUGUGUCAGAUGAUGUGGCGCAGGAGCGAGCCAUUGUGGCCAAAAAGACGAGCUCUUCAGUUGUGCUGGCAAUGCGCUUGGUGCGGCAGGCAGAUGCCCAAGGUCGGCCAUGGGAUGUCACUGUGGCAAGAUGCAGCCAGGUGCCCGAUUCAUUGAGGCGCAGCAUCUACCAGCCCAACGUGCAAGCCGACAAGUACUGCAGGCAGACAUACAAAAACACUGGCAACUUGGAGUUGGCCAAGUUCGCACACCAGACGCGCCAAGUUUUUGAAGCCGUCCCGCAGAACGUGCCCAAGAGGAAGGGUGGUGGCAAAAGCAGUGGUGGUUGGCGUGAUGAUCCUUGGGCCGAGGAAGGCGGCCCACAGUCUUGGGGUGCGUACAAUGCUGGGCCAGGCACUUACAAUGCUGGGCCAGGCACUUAUGGAUGGGGGAUGCCCCAUCCUCACCCGGCAGCUGGCUUCCCACCGCCGCCUCCAUUCCAGCCAUCCCAGCCAUCCCAGCCGUCCCAGCCUCAGCCAUCUGGGUCAUCGCAGGGAGCCUGGUGGCAGUGA